AUGACUUAUUUUGGCAAAGUGUUUACUCUUGAAAGAAACGAAAAUUUUGAAGAGUUUAUCAAUAGUGUGGGUCUGCCAUCAGAAAAGGCUGAACUAUCUACGAAGACUAAACCUUCCUUGAAGUUAGAAAAGGAUGGCGAUACUUACACUCUAACUGCUUUCUCUGAAAACUUUAAGCGAGAGAUCAAGUUUAAAAGCGGCGUUGAAUUCGACGAAGAGAUAGUACCGGGGACAAAGGUGAAGUCUACCAUAACUGCGGAAGGUGAUAAGCUAACUCAUGUGCAGGAGACAGCUGACGGAACUGCUACGUAUGUGAGGGAAUUCUCAGACAAGCAAGUAGUUGUUACUCUAACGAACACUAAAUGGAACGGUGUAGCGCGGAGAUACUACAAAGCAAUUUAA